AUGCCACUUUCACCUGAAGUAAUAUCAAAACUGCUAUUAAUUGGUCAUGUCGCACACAGAAAAUCGACGGUGGAGCUGGUUCGUAACAUCACGAUCAAGCUGGGUUAUGCAAAUGAAAAAAUCCACAAAUGCGAGAACGAAGCAUGUCCUCACCAGGCUGCUAUUGAUCGUAUUGCUCAGACAAGUAAGACAAUUCUCCCUGCGAACGGCCAGGAUGUGGUCCUCAUUCACUAUAUUUCCUUCAUGGACUGUCCCGUCAUGGACGCCACUCUUCUUCUGAUUGCAGGAAACAAAACACGUCCUCAGCCGCAGACAUCGGAGCACUUGGCCGCAGUUGAGAUCAUGAAGCUGGAAAAUAUCAUUAUUUUGCAGAACAAGGUCGAUUUGAUCAGGGAAGCCCAGGAUCUUGAGCACCAAAAAUCAAUCACUGCAUUCGUCAAGGGUACGGUGGCCGAGUCGUCACCUAUCAUUCCUAUAUCUGCGCAAUUGAAAUACAACAUCGACGCUGUGAACGAAUACAUCGUAAAGCGCACACCUAUCCCAGUCUGGGACUUUACUUCUGAUCCCUGUCUCAUCAUCAUCCGUUCCUUUGACGUCAACAAGCCUGGUGCCGAGGUUGAUGAACUCAAAGGCGGCGUUGCCAGUGGUUCUAUCCUCACAGGCAUCCUACGGCUGGGACAAGAAGUCAAGAUUUGUCCGGGAAUUGUGACGAAGGACACACAGGGCCAGAACCACUGCAAGCCGAUUUUCAGCAGGAUCGUUUCUCUGCAUGCGGAGAACAAUCACUUGCAGUUUGCAGUCCCAGGAGGGCUGAUCGGUGUCGGGACCAAGAUCGAUCCUGGAUUGUGUAGAGCGGAUUGUCUCGUUGGUCAAGUGCUGGGAGUGGUUGGGAAGCUGCCAAAGGUCUACACCGAGCUUGAAACCAGUUUGUUUCUUCUCCACCGUUGGCUGGGAGUUCGUACAGAAGACAAGAAACAAACAAAAGUCUCGAAACUUGCCAAGAACGAGCUUCUAUUGAUUAACAUCGGGUCGAUGUCGACUGGUGGACGGGUGUUGGGUGUAAAAGGGGAUCUCGCGAAGAUCCAGUUGACUUCGCCCGCAUGUACGGAGGUUGCAGAGAAGGUCGCACUUUCGAGACGUAUUGAGAAGCAUUGGCAGCUUGUAGGUUGGGGAAGUGUACAACGCGGGAUGGUGUUGGAGUUGGACUGAUU